ACCAAUAGAAAGUGACAAUAGAAAGUAAACACAUUAAUCAAUACUUAAGUAAUAAUUCAAUCAUCAACAACUACAUCAUUGUAUUUAUAAAAUUUAAUUUAAAAUUUUAAUCUCUCUAGUAUUACUCUUUUUAUAAUCACUAAAGUUGCAAUAUCCUACGUGAUAAUUUCAAAUGAUCAGUAGGCGGUAAUGCAAUAUCCUACAAAAUAAUUGUGGUUAGGUACCAUCUAGCCAGAAAACUGAACUUUUAUGUGUUUUUUGUGUGGCUAGUUUUUCUGUUCUUGUUGGUUGCUGCCAUGGUCUUUUGACUCUUUUCGCAUCUAUCACUACAAGAAAAACUGGGACGUGAACUGGUGGGCUUAUAUUCAUUGUGGUGGGUUGAGUAUAUUGGUUUUACAAGCAAUGUUAUACUUACCACAUUUAUAUUACAUUUUUCAUGGUAGUAGGACCAACUAAUACAUGUGAGCCUUAUUUUUAUUAAAAAUAAUACAAAUAUGAUAUGAUAAAAAUAACAUUUUUUUAGUUUUAUUUGAGUGUGGGGGCAUGUACCCAGUCUUGCCUUAUAGCUAGGAGAGGUAUUUUAGUGUGUCAAAAACAAACGUUGCACUAAGUGUAAUAAUAUAACUAAUCGAAUUUCUUAUUUUAAAGUUCUAACCAAUUGUAUUAUAAAAAUGAGUGUAGCCGUGUUGCUGGUAUUGAAAAAAUUCUCCCAGCGGCAAAAUAGACAGAGUACUUAAGCAAUGAUGUAGGGGAGGGCCAUAUAAUGUAUUAGUUUAAUAUAUGCAAUCAAAUCCUUUUGCCGUACACUUUUUCCGCAUUUUGCAGUUUAAUACGUAGUUCAAAUCAAGCAUUUGUAUCUAAUAGAAGAAGAACAUCACUAUAUUUAUGUGUGGUUGAUGUGCAAAGAAAGUAGUAAGUAGAAACCAGAAAGAGUGAAAGAACAACCGAGAAAGAUGAAGAAAGUGGAACUCGUGUUCAUCCCAUCACCAGGAGCAGGCCACCUUGUACCAACGUUGCAAUUCGCAAAGCGUUUGAUCGAUCGCAACGACAGAAUUUCGAUCACCAUUCUUGCCAUCCAGUCAUCCUUCCCAACCACUCUAAGUUCCUACACAAAAUCGAUUGCAACCUCAGAACCCCGAAUCCGAUUCAUUGAUGUCCCACAACCUCAAGAUCGACCUCCGCAAGAGAUGUACAAGUCACGAGCAAAGUUCUUCUCUCUUUACAUUGAGAGUCACGUCCCCAGUGUCAAGAAAAUCAUCACCAACCUCGUCUCCUCUAGUUCUAAUAGUUCAGAUUCGAUUCGUGUUUCUGCUUUGGUAGUUGAUUUCUUCUGUGUGUCCAUGAUUGAUGUGGCCAAAGAACUCAAUAUUCCUUCUUAUCUUUUCCUGACAAGCAAUGCAGGAUAUCUAGCUUUCAUGCUCCACCUUCCAAUUCUUCAUGAAAAAAACCAGAUUGCUGUUGAAGAAUCCGAUCCUGAAUGGUCAAUCCCAGGUAUUGUCCACCCGGUUCCUCCUAGAGUUUUUCCAGUGGCUUUGACAGAUGGUAGCUGCUCCGCUUACAUCAAGUUGGCUUCAAGAUUUAGAGAGACUAGAGGCAUUAUAUCAAACACAUUCGUAGAGUUAGAGACACAUGCUAUCACAUUGUUUUCCAAUGACGACCGAGUCCCUCCAGUGUACCCAGUUGGGCCAGUGAUCGACCUGGAUGAUGGUCAGGCACAUUCCAGCCUAGACCAAGCACAGCGCGACAAGAUCAUCAAAUGGCUUGAUGACCAGCCUCAGAAAUCUGUUGUGUUUUUGUGUUUUGGUAGCAUGGGAAGCUUUAGGGCAGAGCAAGUGAAGAAAAUAGCUUUAGGGCUUGAACAGAGCGGACAAAGGUUUUUAUGGUCCCUGCGCAUGCCGUCACCCAAAGGCACAGUCCCAAGUGAUUGCUCAAAUCUUGAAGAAGUUUUGCCAGAUGGAUUCUUGGAGAGGACCAAUGGGAAGAGAGGGUUGAUAUGUGGGUGGGCCCCACAGGUGGAUAUCCUGGCCCACAGUGCGACCGGAGGGUUCUUGUCACACUGCGGGUGGAACUCGAUCUUGGAGAGCUUGUGGCAUGGCGUCCCUAUUGCGACGUGGCCCAUGUGUGCAGAGCAGCAGCUCAAUGCUUUUAGGAUGUUGAGGGAGUUGGGGAUGGCGUUGGAGAUGAGGCUGGAUUACAUGACCGGCAGCGCUGACGUGGUGGGGGCGGACGAGAUUGAGAGGGCUGUGGUUGGUGUGAUGGAGAAGGAUAGUGAGGUGAGGAAGAAGGUGGAAGAGAUGGGAAAGUUGGCUAGAAAAGCUGUGAAGGAUGGAGGGUCUUCAUUUGCUUCUGCUGGGAGAUUUAUUGAGGAUGUGAUUGGUGAGAGUUGGGGUUUUAAGUAGUAUGGGUUGCUAAUUUUGUAAGUUUAAGAAAUCUUGAAUGUACUAAUAUCUCCAUGUUCUCGUAUGCCGUUUAUGAAUUUAUCAGCAAGUAAUUUAUAUGUUUUCCUUCUACAAUGAUAAA